AUGGCUCCGGCGCAAAAUAUAGACGUCGGCAAUCUGGAAACCAAAGAAGAGUCCGUCACCCACGGCAGCUCCUACAGCAUGCCGCCGUCAGAGUACUAUGACGAGCCGGCACCCCGGCGCUUCCACCGCUUCGUCGACAGCUUCAAGCGGGACAACAACCUCUCCUUCUUCCCCAGCGAUCAUCUCAGCCAAGUCAACAGCCAUGCUAGCCAAGGGCGUUACGGCACGCACUACUAUGACCUGCGCCUCGCCACCCUCGAGUCGGCCAACACGGGCUUGGCUCGAAAGCUCAAAGGAAGGCACUUGCAGAUGAUUGCCAUCGGCGGGUCAAUAGGUACUGGUCUUUUCGUGGCUUCCGGCAAAGCUCUGCACUCUGGCGGGCCCGCGUCAUUGUUGAUCGCUUUCAGCAUUGUCGGUCUGCUGCUGUAUUGCACUUGCCAGGCGCUGGGUGAACUGGCCGUCUUGUUCCCGAUUGCCGGCUCCUUCUCAUCAUGGGCGACCAGAUUCAUCGAUCCGUCAUGGGGAUUUGCCAUGGGCUGGAACUACGCGUUUCAAUGGCUCACGGUGCUACCCCUCGAAAUAAUCGCUGCCUCUCUGACCAUUGGUUACUGGGGCGACGGGCUGCCGAGAGCCGUCUUUGUCGGCGUAUUCCUCGUCGUCAUCCUGCUCAUCAACUUGUUCGGCGUCAAAGCCUACGGAGAAGCCGAAUUCACCUUUUCCAUCAUCAAGGUCAUUGCCGUCAUUGGCUUCAUUCUCCUCGGAAUCGUUCUCAACUGCGGCGGAACGCCGGACCGGGGAUACAUCGGCGGCGAGUACUGGCACGACCCUGGCCCUUUCAACAACGGCAUCAAGGGCCUCUGCAGCGUCUUUGUCACCGCAGCGUUCGCCUUCACCGGGACGGAGCUCGUAGGGCUGGCGGCUGCCGAGACGGCCAACCCGCGCAAAUCUCUCCCCACCGCCAUCAAGCAGGUCUUUUGGAGAAUCACGCUCUUCUACAUUGUCACCCUUACCCUCGUGGGGCUCCUGGUCCCCUACAACGACCCUCGCCUCAUUUCCGGCGGCAACAAGGCCAACGCCAAAGCCUCGCCCUUUGUCAUCGCCAUCGAGGAAGCCGGCAUCGAGGUCCUGCCGUCCGUCAUGAACGCCGUCAUCCUCGUUGCCGUGCUGUCCGUCGGGAACUCGGCCGUUUUCGGAUCGUCGCGAACCCUGGCCGCCCUCGCCAACCUCAGCCAGGCGCCCCGCAUCCUCGGCUACGUCGACAAACGCGGCCGGCCGCUCGUGGCCAUACUCGUGGCCGGCGCCCUGGGCCUGCUGGCCUUCCUGGCCGACCUCAAGCAGCAGGGCACCGUCUUCGACUGGCUCAUCGCCAUCUCCGGCCUCUCCACCGUCUUCACCUGGACGUCCAUCUGCCUCUGCCACAUCCGCUUCCGCCGCGCCUGGGCCGCCCGCGGCCGCGGCCUCGGCCAGAUGGCCUACACCAGCCAGGUCGGCGUGGCGGGAUCCUACGCCGGCCUCGGGCUCAACCUCCUCGUGCUGGUGGCGCAGUUCUGGGUCGGCGCCUUCCCCAUCGGCUGGGAGGACAUGGCCGCCUCCAGCGUCGCGCAAAACUUCUUCCUCAAGAUGAUGGGCGUCCCCAUCAUCGUCCUCUUCUACGCCUACCACAAGAUCUUCUUCCGGACCCGCUUCGUCAGGACGUGCGACAUGGACGUCGACACCGGACGGCGAGAUUAUAACCUGCCCAUCCUGGUGGCGCAGGAGCAAGAAGAACGGGCAGCCUGGCCGAGGUGGAAGAGACUAUACAAGUUUAUGUGUUAG